AGAGUUUUCUCACUCCAACACAAAGCAACAAGUUCUCUCAUCUCUUAUACAUCUCUUGGAUUAUACCAUAUAAGAGACAACAAUGAAUCGAAUGUUGUCCCUUUGCUGUGCUUUUCUCCUGAUUGCAUCAUCUCUAGGAGACUAUGGGUCAGAAAGUGUCGAAUAUGAAGGAUCCCAUGCUGGUGGAUACGGAGUAGGAAAUGCUCAUGGAGGAGGCUACGGAGGCGGUGAAGGAGGUGGAUAUGGCGGAGGAAAAGGGCUCGGAUCAGGAUUUGGAGGUGGAAAAGGUCUUGGUUCAGGCCUCGGAGGCGGCAAAGGUCUUGGUUCUGGUCUCGGAAGGGGCAAAGGUCUCGGUUCUGGCCUUGGAAGUGGCAAAGGUCUUGGAUCAGGAAUCGGUAGUGGACAUGGUUUAGGAAGUGGCCUUGGAAAAGGAUCUGGAAUCGGUAGCGGACAUGGUUUAGGAAGUGGCCUUGGAAAGGGAUCUGGAAUCGGUAGUGGUCAUGGUCUUGGAAGUGGAAUUGGUAGCGGACAUGGUCUAGGAAGUGGAAUUGGUAGCGGACAUGGUCUAGGAAGUGGAAUCGGUAGCGGACAUGGUCUAGGAAGUGGCAUUGGAAAAGGAUCUGGAAUCGGUAGUGGGCAUGGUCUAGGAAGUGGAAUUGGUAGCGGACAUGGUCUGGGAAGCGGAAUAGGUAGUGGACAUGGCCUUGGAAGUGGAGUCGGUAGUGGUCAUGGUUUAGGUAGCGGAGUUGGAAGUGGUCACGGUAUCGGUAGUGGUGUCGGAAAAGGAUCUGGAAUUGGAAGUGGACAUGGUCUUGGCAGUGGAAUUGGUAGUGGUGUAGGUAGUGGAUUGGGAAAAGGAUCUGGUAUCGGAAGUGGUGUUGGUAGCGGAUUUGGAAAAGGAUCUGGAGUCGGAAGUGGUGUUGGUAGUGGAUUUGGAAAAGGAUCUGGCAUCGGAAGUGGCGUUGGUAGUGGAUUUGGAAAAGGAUCUGGCAUCGGAAGUGGCGUUGGUAGUGGAUUAGGCAAAGGAUCUGGAAUUGGAAGCGGAAUUGGAAGUGGAGUUGGAAAAGGCAUCGGCAGCGGUAUUGGAAGUGGCAUUGGGAAAGGAUCUGGAGUAGGCAGUGGUAUCGGGAAAGGUCUUGGAAGUGGAAUCGGUAAAGGACUCGGCAGUGGAAUCGGAAGUGGUUUUGGAAAAGGUUCUGGACUUGGAAGUGGCUACGGAAAGGGACUUGGAAGUGGUUAUGGAAAAGGACUCGGAGGUGGAAAAGGUUUGGGGGGAGGAUACAGCGCAGAGGUUGCUGAAUAUGAACAAGGACACGGUCUCUCAGGAGAAUACGAAGAACAAGAUUUGCAUGAAGGUUAUGGUGUAGGUCAUGAAUCUGAUUCAUUGGAAGGUGGACAUGGUCUUGGAUUCUACGGAAAUGAUGAUGGACUUGACAAACAUUUCUAUGAAAAAAUCGUUACCGUUCCUAUCAUAAAAAGUGUUAAUGUCUUAAAGCAUAUCCCAGUAACUCAGCAUGUAAAAGUAAGCGAUGAUUCUGGAUACGGACAUUCCGAUGAAAGCGGUUAUGAAGCAAAUGAAGCCGAUAGUUAUGGACAUUCAUGGUAAUUGAGACGUAGAAUGUUUGGAUAACUUCUGACGAUCUCAGAUUGAUCUAUUUAUUUAUUGUUUGUAAAUACAUGAGCAAUUGUUAAGAAGCACUA